CCCUUAAAAACAAAAACAAUUUUCUCCUCGAGGGGGCCAAAGAGUUUAAGCCCUCUCCCCCGUCUUUCGAGUUCAUCAGAUAUCCCCCUCUUCAGUGAGUUCAGUCGUCACGGUUUUGACCGUCUGAUCGUUGACCGCGUGGUCGAGCAAUUACUAGUCCACACAAAACAAUUAGGAUUCUAUUGUGAACAAAACAAAACCUUCAAAGUUCUUACCUUGAAAAAGUUGACACGUAUAUUCAGUUUUCAUCAUGCAGAAAAUAAGUUCAGCCCGGUUUUAUCCAGUCAAAUUGUCGAUGGAAGUGAGUUUUACUACUCAUUCACACAUUAUUGGAAGAGCUGGGACCAAUAUCAACACGGUGAUGACGGAAACUUCAACCAAAAUCCAUUUUCCUGACCAAAAUCGCGUGGCAGGCGAGAAGAAAAGUAAUGAAGUGACCAUUUCAGGCGAGUUGAACAACGUGGAAACUGCCCGUCGCCGUAUACGCUUUCUGAUUCCGGUUGAAUUUGUUAUUGAAUGUCGGACGGAAAUACUGGAUUCUUACGGACGACAGGCUUUGGUCAAGGAUUUCGCCUUGCUCCAUGGGGUCUUGCUCCGCUUGAACGAGAAAACCACGGGUGUCUGUUCUCACUGUUCAGCGACAAUUCGGGGAAGCCAACAAGAAAUUGCUAGACUGAAAGAAGCCGUCAAUCACCUGAUGAAGUUGAAUCAAAAUCAGGAUGCCCUAGUCUGUAUGAAAAUGGAAUUCUCGACCGAUCAACUGGAAACGCUAAGGGCUAAUUUUCGUUUACUCGAAGCCAAAUAUUCAACUGCUUUUAUGACAUUGAAAUUAACAAGUCAUCGUGAGGAGCACCACGUUGUCUGGAUUAGAGGCUCUGUGGAUGGCGUUUAUCUAACCAAAAUGGCCUUGAUGGAAUUUCUGCCUAUGAAGUUGAUGUUUCAUGUGCAUGCCGUUCAUUUGACCUUUGGUGUCAACGAGCGAAAGUUGGCCAAACGUCUGGACGUUGCGGUCAAGAUGGAGCCAAGUACCAAGCCACACAGCUUUCUGCUCCAGAUCGUCAGUUACGAAAAGAACGCAGGAAACAUCUACGAAUUCCGGAGACAAAUCCUACGGCUUCCUAGUUCCAGUGGACUAUCUCUCAUGGGCUUUCCACUUAGUUUACCUCAAGUGCAAGAACCUGAACGUACUAUCCUUGGGUGCAGAACUGUUGUGGAACAGCCUCGUUUCCGCGAUACCAUGGAAAAGGGUCCGCAGUCGAUCGUUCAAAUAGCUCAUUCGGAAACUUCGCUGCCAUCUAACGAACAAGUGGCGCUACCAGCGUCCAUUUGUUCUUUGAAGUUUGACAAGAACUCGUACCGGCAACUAUGCCAACUGCUCGUAGAAUCAGAAUUAUCCGAAUAUUGUGAGUUAUUUCUUGCAAACGAAGUGGAUCUGGCUAUGUUUUCAACUCUUGCUGAUCAGGAUCUCAAGAGCAUUGGAGUAACUGCAUACCGUUCACGGAGAUUGAUGCUGCAUGCAAUAGAAGAAUUGAGAAACUUGCCAAUCAAUGGCCCAGUGGAAGAACAUUCCCGAUUUCGCCAGUUUUAAGUUUUAAUCGUGCGGUGGUUUUAUUGUUUUGACACGAAAAAUCUGUAUCCCGUUUAUAUCUUGAACUGGGAUGGUUGUUAAUAUCAUAUCUUCACGAUUUAGGCGCCGUUGUGCAAUUUCGUUUUAUUACUAUAUUGUUUGACUCAAAUUUCCACAGCUCUUCUUGUCUCGCUUUUCGUACAAUUGGUCACAGCAAAUGCAAAAAAUAUUGUAAUCUCUACGUUUAUCCAGAUAUAUCUCGCCUAUAAUAAACACGAACCGCUAGUA